CACAAUCUAGAAGCUGGUUACUGUUACUCCAUCGCAGCCACUUCCUCUUGAAUCAGGGAAGCAGGGCUUGUCUUCUCUCCACAGAGCAGAGUCUGGGAUCUCCCCAGCACGGACGUGAGAACAGAGUAGGCUCCGUAAGUCUCCAGGAUGCCCAUCUCUGCCUCCUGGCCCCACUCUCCUGGUCCUUUCCUGCUGCUGGCCCUCCUGCUUGGACUCGCAGGGGUGGCAGGUGAGGAGAAGCUGCAGGUGAUUCAGCCUGACAAGUCCGUGUCGGUCGCAGCUGGAGAGUCGGCCACUCUGCACUGCACGGUGACCUCCCUGCUCCCUGUGGGGCCCAUCAAGUGGUUCAAAGGAGCUGGACAAGACCGGGAAUUAAUCUUUGAACAAAAAGGAACCCAUGUCGCCAGGGUAUCAACUGUUUCAGACCUCACAAAGAGAAACAACACGGACUUUUCCAUCCGCAUCAGUAACAUCACCCCAGCAGACGCCGGCACCUACUUCUGUGUCAAGUUCCAGAGAGGAGAUCCUGACACUGUGGAGAUCAAGUCUGGACCAGGCACCGAGGUGUCUGUGAGUGCCAAACCCUCUGCCCCCGUGGUAUUGGGCCCUGCGGUGAGGGCCACACCUCAGCACACAGUGACCUUCACCUGCGAGUCCCACGGCUUCUCCCCCCGGAACAUUACCCUGAAGUGGUUCAAAAAUGAGAAUGCGCUCUCCGACGUCAAGACCAGCGUGAAGCCCGCAGAAAAAAGUGUCUCCUACAGCAUCCACAGCACAGCCAGAGUGGUGCUGGCCCCUGGGGACGUCCACUCUCAGGUCAUCUGCGAGGUGGCUCACGUCACCUUGCAGGGGGGCUGUCUUCGUGGGACUGCCAACUUGUCUGAGGCCAUCCGAGUUCCGCCCACCCUGGAGGUUACCCAGCAGCCUGUGAGGGCCAAGAAACAGGUGAACGUCACCUGCCAGGUGAAGAAGUUCUACCCCCGCAGUCUCCAGCUGACCUGGUUGGAGAACGGAAACGUGUCCCGGACAGAAACAGCCUUGACCCUCACAGAGAACAAGGAUGGCACCUACAACUGGACCAGCUGGCUCCUGGUCAACUCAUCCACCCACAGGGAUGAUGUGGUGCUCACCUGCCAGGUGGAGCAUGACGGGCAGCCAGCGGUCAGCAGCAGCCAUGCCCUGGAGGUCUUGGCCCACCAGAGGGAGCCGGGCACAGAGGCCACCCCUGGCUGGACGCCGUCUCCUUCUCGCACUGCCCGACUCUUCGCAGCUCUCCUCCUGGUCCCCAAGGUGCUGCUGGUCAUCAGUGUCACUGCUGUCUAUGUCCACCGGAAGCAGAGGGCCUGA